AUGCUACAGCUGAAAAGCCUCUCACGGAGAUGCCGCAAGGAUUCUGGGGAUUAUGGCGAUGUUCUGGAUAUUGCUGCUGGGAGUUUACCAACCGCCAGAAGACCUAAAGCAGGCGACCGCCAAGUCUAUCUAGGUAUUCCUCGAAACUGUCUGCGCAAUAUCUGGUGGACAAUCACAUGGGGUUUCGGUACACUUGUCUACGCUCUAUCGGUUCCUUACUGCUACUUGCUUCUGAGGAUGCAGAGAAAUGAGGUCAAAUGGGUUUGGAUUGGGUUUCAGAGCGUUUGGAUGCUUUUGCGACUCAUAUUCUUUCAAAUAGCCAAGGGUGCUGAUACACUGAAAUGUCACCCACCCGAACGGAAACUUUUGGCGAAAUUGGAGAAUGGUGAACGAGAGAAGUUGUGGAAUUUGCUACUUGGACUGGCGAGAUAUCAGAUUAGCUUUCAUCCACGGGGCAGCUACUCAUACAAUGGAGCACUUGAGUCGAUUGAAACAGUGUUCAAGGCACACUUUCAAGACAAGCUGCCUUCUCAUAUCGAGGAAAAGCCGGAAAUCGUCAGAAUUACGGGCGUUGUCGAUGAUACUAUAUUAUCAGCUGCAGCAUGGUUGAAAGGGUCGGAACACGAUACUUUGAGCUUCUACGACUGUUGUGUGGUUUCAGUUACCCACGACAGGCAAGAUAUAGCAGUUCCUGCAUGUCGUGUCCUUUAUACACUUGACAAGGAACAAAAUGAUGACAAAGAGAAGGGAAAUAAACCAGAACUUGUACCGAGGGGAGGUCCAAAUCGCGGAAGGCAAUACGUUGGAUGGUGUUCUUGGAUGCCACUUCCGGAUUGCAAGUGGCUUCAGGUCAAAAGCCGUGACUUGACUGUAACUGGAGAGGAUAAAGAGAUCAGAGUCAUGACCGACACUGAACUUGAUGACGCCCUAAAUACGAGAGAUAUGUGUAUUAGUCUUGAAAAGGCGGACCAGGUGAGGUCAAUCGUUGAGAUGUCGUCGGAAAUUUGGCACGAUUUGCUUGAUAUUAAGCGUGGCAAAUAA